UGGUAACUUCACUUUACUCCAUUCUCUCUCCAAUUCACUAUCAUUUCACUUCUCUCUCUAACUUAAGCAUCGGAGGAGGUCCCAGGAUCACCCUGGUGGCCUUUCUACAGGAUUUCGGAGACCGCCCUCGACCAUCGAAAGCCGCCCGAAGCCGGUGGAGUCUCACAAAACCGCUUGGAACAAUCCAGGCUCAAACAUUUUGGCGCCCACCGUGGGGCCCCACGACUUCGAGGCGAACGAGAUGGGAGACGACUUCGAAACCCCCCUUAAGGGGAUGACCGAAAACAACACUCGCCGUGGAUUGUCACCGUCUCACCGAGAGUUGAAGAUGAAGCCGAGCUGGAGGAAGUGGUCAAAAGUCAAGGAAUGCAAAUCGCGAGCAUGCAGGACAGCCUUUCACAAAUCCUCCAACUUCUAAAGACGCGAGACGACCCAAGCGAGGGAUCCAGGGGAAGGACGCGAGACGAGAAGCAGAAGGGCGCUCUUCCCCUUGACAUCCCUGCUCGGACAGAAGGCGGAGGGCUAGAGGCCGAUGACCCAGAUCUCAACUUCCUCGAGGAGCACUUGCGGUCGACAUUCGGGAAGCACAAAAGCCCGAACGUUCUCCAAAAUCCUUUAUCGAAGGAACUCUUCAAGACUCCGGUCCCUCCCAACUUCUCAUCUCUGGGACUACCUACUUACGGCGGGACUUCCGAUCCCGCCGACCAUCUGUGUGCAUUCAUGCUAAAAAUGCAACUUAUCAACGCGACAGACUCGGAUCUAUGUCGCGCGUUCCCCGUUACCUUCAGCGGUCAAUGCCGCACAUGGUACACCUCCCUCCCGGAAGGGAUUAUAGAGAGCUUUGAGCAGUUUGCGAUGCUCUUCUCCACUAAGUUCGCAUCUCAGAGACGUCGCAAACUCACUGUCUCAGCACUCAUAAACUGCAGCCAAAGAAAGGAUGAACCGCUUGCGGAGUUCUACGAUCGGUGGAACGCGAUCGCCUGCGAGAUAGACGGCAUCUCCUCGGUCGUGGCCGCCGGGAAUCUCCGAAUCUCAACAACUAGUAUCGAGCUAAAAAGAACUUUGAUAAAAAAGGAGGCGACCCUAACGACCUGGUCCGACCUAGACCAAUUGGUACGACGGGCUAUCCUAUUGGAGGAGGCCCUAGCCAAUGACGACCGAGGCCAACAGGGUCGUCCACGUGGAGACGCCUCAGAGCGUGGAGAUCCCCGGAGGGGAAGGCGGUCCCCGGACCGAAGAUCGUAUCGAAACAAGUACACCGAUCGAGAUGGAAGAAGAGACGUCCUUUCCACUGACCGAGAAAGGGGAAGAGAUCGAAAGAGAGGCGGAAGGAAGUACGAAGCAUCUUCCACUCAGGAACAGCAUAAAGGAAAGGAAUGGUGCGACUGGCAUCAAAUCACAACUCAUGACACCGCAGAGUGUAGAGAGUUUAAGGCCACUCUUCGGCAUUUGGCCCCGGGAGACCUGAGAAGCAAGUUGGAAACAAGGCGGUCUCGAGGUGAACACUCGCCAGACGUACGAGAUGAGUCUCCAAGCCCUGAACAGGACAAGACGAGGCAGACAAGAAAGGAAAGAUUCAGAUCCCGUUCGAGAAACAAGGUUGCCUCUCCUCUGAGGCAGUCUCCCCUCUAUAGAGCCCCCCGGAACGAAGAUGACGGGAUGGAGAUCAUAACGAUCGCAGGAGGACGUAAGCGCCCAAGGACCGAAGGAGACCGCCUCGCUCAAUGCCUUCACGUGCAACGGGGAGCGCCAACAGAGGUCACUUUCCAGCCCUCUGAGUUAGCCAACGAAGAAAACUCGGAAGACCCCUUAGUCGUUUCCUUCCGAACCGCCAAAUUCAAAGUCACUCGAGCUCUAGUCGACAACGGGAGCUCCGCUGACAUCCUAUUCUACUCCGCGCUCAAAGGAAUGAAGAAGAACGUCCAGGACCUCCAACCGUCCAACACUAGCCUUGUGGGGUUCUCAGGAACAAAGGUCCGCGUCCUCGGGUCAAUCAUCCUCAAAGUUACCAUAGGAGAAGGCGGAGUCACAAAAACGCGCCCAGUGGAAUUCCACGUCGCGGACUGCCCUUCUGCCUACAAUGAAAUCUUAGGUUGCGGAUUCCUCGCGUCCUUCGAAGCGGUCGCCUCUACAUGCCAUCAAAUGUUGAAAUUCCCAAGCGGGAGUCUGACGGGGCGUGUCCGGGGCAACCCCAAAGAUGCCAAGGAAUGCUACCAAGCGACAAUUGAGCAUCUGGAGGUGGACCUUGUCGAUGCAAGAGGCGACGUACCUCGUCCUGAGGCGGUCGAGGGAGAUAUAGCGGUCCCUCUCAAAACCGUGCGCAUCUCGACUCACUUAGCCAACAAGGAAGCGCAAAACUGCUAUCCCUUCUCCGAGAGUUUCAAGACCUCUUCGCAUGGGGUCCAGAAGACAUGCCUGGCGUCCCACGCCGCGUCUCCGAGCACCGACUCUCCGUCAAACCCAAGGCAAAACCCAUACAGCAGCGGAGGAGACACUUGUCUGUGGAGAAACAAAUGGCACUCGAGGAGGAGGUAAGACGCCUUCUCAAAGCAGGCUCCAUGCGGGAGGUACAAUACUGACUCGACUCUACUGUCACUCCAGGAAUUGGCCAAGUGAAACCACUUCCUAAAGCGUAGUAUAGCGGGUUUGGGUUUAAUUAUCAACCCGGGUCCUAGAUAUGAUGACUACUCAGUGAAUUCUUGUUAUCUAGCAAUGAAACUGGAAUGCAAGUCUAACUAACAAACUAACAAAGCAAGUAAACUGGUUGUAUUCAAGUUAAGAGAGGUCACCCGGAUAUGGUUCCCCCUAGACUGCAGUUAAGCCGGAUUGUAAUUACCAAGUUCAGUUUCUAUGAAGAUUAUACUGCGGAAGGUUCUUAAACAGCCUGAAGUCUCGACUAAAGGUCUUCAGACCCUCUCAAUUUGAAUCUCUAGCGGGCGACUAACCUCCACCUGAGUAGACAGAUUGAGGCCCUAAGAACAAAACCUCCACUACCGGAGUAAAUCUGGUACAGAAUA